CGGCGAUCUUACGCAGCUUGUCCAUUCGGCUCAAAUGCUGUGGUUGUAGACAGACGGUGCGACCGGUGCUCCUGUCGAGCCUCACGUACAGCAUUGGCAAGGACAGUGGACAGACAAGACGCCUGGGAACCCGAUUUCGAGACGUCAUUUUUGGAAGGCCGUUUUAUCCCAGCUCGCGCUGCUAUCUUCCACUUUCCGGCUUCACCCAACCCAACGAACUCAUCAAAGCAAUCUUGGCACCGCUCUCUCGUCGAUAGACUUUGGUGCUCAAGCAGUCAAAUCCAACACUCAAUUACCUGUCUCCAGACCUCUAUUUACAGUAUUUACGGUGAACUCCCGUGACUUCUGCUAUCGCCAUGGGAAACUGCAUGUCCGACCCCGCCAAGCCGCCGGCGGGCGGCAAAGGUCAAAGACUGGGAUCUGGAUCCGCCCCUCAGAGUACGUCUCAUGCACCGGCCAAUACACAUGCAUCAGCACCACCACGAAACGCAGCUGCUAGUCCACCGAGAGUGCUGGGUGGCUCAACUGGAGAUGCAGAUGGAGACGCAAGAGAUAGAGCGUUAAAAGCAGCGGAAGAGAGAGCGAAAGCGGCUCAAGGAAAAGGAGUGAAUAGUUCUAAUCCGAAGGCUGGUCAGUUGUCUGCCAAAUUGGCUGCGGAGCGGAAAUCGCCUCUCGUCCAACAACAAUCUAACGAGAGGAUGAUGGACCGGGGCGAAUGGAAUUGAUCAGGGUUGGUAAAGGAUCUGAAUUUUGGUAGCUAAGGUUGUCAAUGUACAUGCA